GUUCCUCCGAAAGGCCCGUCAGCGAACAGCAUCACACCCUCCUUGUCACUCUGCGUCCUGUCUAUGUUGCUGCUGUCCCUGACAGCCCAUUCCAGGACCACAGUGUCUUCAUCUCUUGCUGAAAAGCUGGGCUGGAAAUUCUAUGAUGCAGAUGACUACCAUUCUGAAGAAAAUAAAGAAAAAAUGGCUAAAGGAAUACCACUAAAUGAUGAGGACAGAAUACCAUGGCUAUGCACUUUGCAAGAAAUAUUGUUGAGAGAAUACUUACUUGGUGCAAAUGUAAUCCUAGCAUGUUCUUCCCUGAAGAGAAUGUAUCGAAGAAUUCUAAUCGGCGAGCACAGCAUAAUCAAGAGAAAACUGAUAAACCUUGAAGAGCAUAAAUACUCACAAUUUGACUUUAACAAGAACAUUUUGUUUGUGUAUCUUCAUGGUUCCAUAGAACUAAUCAUUAAAAGGUUAGAAACCAGAAAAGGACAUUUCAUGUCAGCUUCUUUGCUGCAGUCUCAAUUUGAUACCCUGGAACCACCUGAAGACACCGAAAAUUUCAUUAGUAUAAAUAUUGAGAAAAGCAUUCUGGAGAUAAUGGCUGAGAUUGGAAAGUAUCUGGGUAUAAAUCUUUAAAUUUUAACAGGACAUCUGAAGGAAUGGUUGUAACUUAACUGUCUGAAUUUGUAAUUAAUGGAAGCAAAACUAUUAGCUUUUACAUCAUUACACUACAAACUUGUCUGUUCCUUCAGUGUUUCUGCAACUGUAUCAUUUAAUAUAAAUGCCAAAGUUGCUCUCUUUAGUUUUGCAAAUUUCUCCAAUACAAAAAUGGAAAUUCAGUCAAAUUGAUGCAAGGAUCAGAAAUUUAACUACUUUCUGUAAAAUGCCUUUAUGUUAUUUAUAUAAAACACUUAGUAAUCUCUGACCUUAUGUUGGUAUAAAGUUGAUCAUGAAUUCCAAUUUUCAUUUGAACCUCAAAUAUUAAAACUAGAUAAACUGGGUUUUGUCAUUCCUGCUGUGCAUUGAGAAUACUUUAAUCCCAUUUGUUGUUAGACACUAAAAGACCAAUGGGAAUCCUCGACUAAUGAAACAAACUCAAAAGGAUUCCAUGAACUCAAAACACCAUUUGUAUAAUAGCUCCAGGCUUUCUUAACAUAAAGUCCUCAUAAUGAAUUAACCAGUGGUUCUUGUAGGUGUCUUUCAAAAUAAGAGAACAAUUUAUUUUUCAUUUGUUUAAUGAUCUAUGUGCAUAACUAAUUACUACUGAUAAAAAUUGACAGGUUAAAUAUUUUGUACAAGGCAGUUCAGAGAAAUUAGAUUAUUAUCACAUGACACUAAAAAGAAACAACAUCCCAAAUUAUAAUGCACAAAUGCACAUACAGUAUGCAAGAAUUUACUGGCCAAAGCCUAUCUGCUGUAGUCAAAGCACACUGUUUAGAAUAAGGUGCUCAUUAAAGCUGCACAAAGAUUUGAUGUCAUCCAGGAUUAGGAAGCUCAAAACCACUGCAAUUGCACUCAACAAGAUCACUAGAAAGGUUACUGAAUAUUUUCUGGUGAAAUAAUAUGUAAUGCACUACAUUUCUAGGCAUUAUUUGCAUUUAAAGCAAAAUAAAUAUUAGAUUCAGUGGUAGUCUGUAUUUAAUCUUUUUGAUGUUAUUUGCCAUAAUACAUGCUUCGUUCACAAUACACAAGUUAGUCAGACAUUGCAGCUUUUGAUCACUUUCUAAUGCAUCUCUUGCACGUCUUUUUUUCUAUACACACUGCUAUCAAGAAUUACUGGUUAAACAGCAAGGCUUGAUUUCAACAGAUUUUCAGGGCAGACCAAAGAAAUAUAUUCACAUGAACUGAAAUCCUGUACUAGGUUGCUUAAAAAUUACAAACUCAAAAU